AACAGAACUUUUAUAAUACUAAACUUUUAUUCCGAUAAAUAUAUUUCAUUCUCAGUUUCGGAAACAUUUUUUAACGUUCAUUAAUACAAUUCAUUUUUUUGUUGGAAUUUCUGAUAUGUUUCACAGAACACAAUAUGUAAACAUUAUUCAACCAACUAACCAGUCUAACCAUAGUAGGAAACUAGAAAACCAAUUUAUAUAGGUGUCAUCCGACUGUAGUGUUUGUUGUGGCAGGUUGCGGGACUUGCGGCCUGGCAAAUAGCCAGCCAAACGAAGUCCAUCCAACCGGUUCCGAAAACUAUGUUUCUUUUACAACUCAUUCGGUUUUCUAUACUUGUUUAUGUAUGACGUGUGCCCGCUACGCGGCGCGAACGGUAAUACAUCAGUUCCGAACGCCCGGUGAAAGUUUUGAGUUGUGAAUUCGAGUGUGUAUCUGUAAAUCGUAUUAAAAAUAUGUGAUUCUGUGUGCAGUAAUUAAUAUUAUAUUGUAGUGAUAAUAUCUUGUAUUAUUACAUUUAAUACCUGGUUAUUGUGAAGACACGUUGAUGUUGUUAACUACUGUUUGUAGUACUUAUAUUUUUAUGUUAAUGUUCUGAAAGAAGAUGGCAUUGAAAAUGGAACAAAAAAAUGAUCUUGAUUUUAUACUGAAGAGUUUAUUGGCUGGUGGUGUUGCCGGCAUGUGUGCUAAAACAACUGUAGCACCUCUCGACCGGAUUAAGAUCCUUCUGCAGGCACAAUCAGUUCACUACAAACAUCACGGGGUUGUUGGUGGUCUGACAGCAAUAGUUCGGAAUGAGUCCCUCCUCGCUUUGUAUAAAGGAAAUGGUGCUCAAAUGGUUCGGAUAUUUCCUUAUGCAGCUACACAAUUCACCAGCUUUGAAAUUUAUAAAAAGUAUUUAAAUGGAGUGCACAUACCAGUAGUGCAGCACGGGGAUAAAUUCGUGGCGGGUGCUGCGGCGGGUCUCACCGCAGUCACGCUGACGUACCCCCUGGAUACCAUCCGAGCUCGGCUGGCCUUCCAGAUCACCGGCGAGCACAGGUACACGGGGAUAGUGCACGCCGCCUCUACAAUGUUUCGGACGGAAGGCGGCAUUCGCGCUCUUUACCGUGGUUUCGUGCCGACCAUGGUGGGAAUGGUUCCGUACGCUGGCUUCAGUUUCUACUGCUUCGAGUCGCUCAAGUUCCUCUGCAUGAAGUACAUGCCGAACACGCUGUGUCGCAAGUGUGAGAGGAAUACCGGUGGGCUUGUGUUGACGGUGCCCGCUAAGCUUCUAUGUGGCGGGCUGGCUGGCGCAGUGGCGCAGUCCGUAUCAUAUCCAUUGGAUGUGACACGCCGACGAAUGCAGCUCGCAUGCAUGACUCCUCAGACAGAGAAGUUUGGCACGGGCAUGAUUCAAACUUUAUCCCUCAUAUAUCAAGAGAACGGUAUAGUGAGAGGGUUAUACCGUGGGAUGAGUAUAAACUACAUCAGGGCGAUACCGAUGGUAGCCACCUCGUUCUCCACCUACGAGCUGAUGAAGCAACUCCUCAAGCUGGACACUGGCAUGAAAGUCUCGUAAGAAUAACGAACAUUGUUUGUUUUCUUGUCUUACUAAACAAUCUUGAUAUGCCAACAAAAUAAAUUUCAAGAUAUGAUAACAAAAAUAAAAAUAUACAAUAAAUAAUCGCUGAUAUGUAACAGACCCGUUUAUUCAAUCUUUUAAUCAAUUUAUAGGUAAUUUAUUAUUACUAGAAGUAGACGGGUUUUAAUACAAAUAAUUUUAUGGUAAACAAAGUAUUUAUCUCUCUCGACUUUGUUGCACUAGCCGUGGUCUCAAGUCGACUUGAAUACAGCGAUGUUAAUGUUAGUGCUUGUAUCUAGUUCGUUCAAUUACCGUCACAAGAUAGUCUAUAAUAUCUCCUCUGAUAAAUUGGCAAUGAUACAUUUCAAUGGAGAUCCAAAUUGUGGCCUAAGUCGUUGUUCGAAACCUUUAGACGAAAGACGUAUGCGUCAGGUGCAGUUAGUCUUCAGCCGCCAACCGCUGCAUUGCGCGUUUAGGAUGCCUCCUGCACUCGUUCCCAUAUUCAUCCGGUAAAGCUAUAUCGACCAAUAGCAGUAGAAUAGUUUAAAAAAUUGGCUAACGAAAUUUUGUGGCGAUGGUAAAAUGAGCGGUUCAUAAGUGUAACAUAUUCGUAACGUCGCAUCGAGUAAGGUAACUUUAUUUACCUUAAAAUUAUUCAUUAUAAGACCUCACUAUAAUAUAAAUAUAAUGUAAUAACGUGUACUAAACUAAAGUUCGAAAGUUACUUAACUGGUAUUUUCAAUUUAAAAGGCAUGCCAAGAUAGUUAAAUAGGACAAGUAAAUAAAUAUGAAUCUUAGAAUAAAAAAACGCUGCUGCUUAUAAUGCGGAAGGAUUUCAAAACGUUGCAUUAUAUUGCAAAAUAGUGAAAUUAUAAUUUGGUAAUAUUAAUACGUAGUAAAAUAAAUUCCUUAGUGUAAUUAAUUUUGACGUAUUAGUCCUGUCCUUGUCUAUACAUUGUGUGACACACAAGUGAAAGGGACAAGUUUUACGUCGAAUUUAAUAAUAUAUAAAGUAGACCAAAUUACCAAAGGCAAACAUUUCCAUAAAGCAACAAUGAACAUUAUAGUAGGUACUAUUUAUUCUAUUUCGAUCAAAAUAUUAAUAAUAUUAUCUUAAGUAUAAUAAUCUGUGAUGAUAAUACUCAUCAAAUAAUCAUAUUAGAAUGUGGCAAUUUUUUUACAAAUAAACAAUAGAUAAAAAAGAUAUGUAAAGAUAAGUCCAUGACGACCGAUUCUGAUAAAACUAUGUAAAUAGUCAUUCAUUGUGGUCUAAAAAAGCGUUAACGAUAUAGCCUUUAUGCUGAUUCUUUUUUUUAUUAAGUAUGCUACAUCUUCAAGUUACUUCAUCUGUUUAACAAUAAAAACUUUUGCAGAUGGAGUCCUGUAAGGCCUUUAUCUGUAUUAGUAGACCAUAAUAAAAUACUAUUUAGAUUUUGUUAAAUUUACAGUUAUUUCUCGCUACAAAUACACAUUAAUUAAUAGUUUAAGUAUCAGGAAAUAAACUAUUUGAAUUUGAUAGAACCAUACAAUAUUGAAUUGGGUUAAAUGGUCACAUAAAUAGUAGUUUAUUUUAGAUUGUGGGUAGUUGUAUAAAUGAACGAUAUUCGACUGAACAUUUGUUCUAAUAUUUAUACUUGAUAUAUCAUAGUAUGUAAGUACAUACUUAAAUGGAAUGUAUAACAAUCUGUUUUUAAGUACUAUAUAAGUAGUAUUUCAAUACUACAAUUAUAAUAAAAUAUCGUGAUAUAAAUUAUAUAUUUAAUGAUAUUUUUUAUACCAUGACUAUAAAUAUUAGAUAAUAUAUUUUAAAACUAUUGACGGAUUAUGUAUAUGACAUUCAUUUAUAAAUAUAUUUUUGAUAAUUUGCUUAGAUCAAUAUUGAUCGAAAAUAAUUUUCAAUAGAUAUACGAUGCAGUAUUUUUUAUUUACUUAAUUACUCAAAUAAUAUAUCUAUUUAUUAAAUCACAUCAUGUAAUUGGUAUCAAUUUCAAGCAUGUUGAUUUUAACAUGACUUCCACAUAGUAUUAAAUAGAUUUAUGUCACAAAACUGUGCCUUUUAUAUGUUUUGAUUAAGGCACCUCAAGAGCUCGUAACACAAUUAGAAAUAAGAAUUAAGUUUAGACGUUGUUUGUUGUAACCAGAAUUAUUAAACCAUCUAGCUAGCCUGAGACUCGAUCUGCACAAUUAAUUUAGAAUAUAGCCUAUGUCCUUCCUAUAGAAUAUCCAAUUAUCUUCAUAUCAAAUUUCUAUUAAGAUUCGUUCAACCGUUUAGUAGUUAAAAGGUGACAUACAGACUAUCAGACAUACUUUCGUAAUUAUAACAUUAGAAUUCAAUAUUGUUCCUUUAUAAUUUCUGACACCCGCCAUUGUGGUGGAACUCUUGACAUUUACUAUGAUGCAGUCUCUUCCGUUCCUUAAUAUGCUUGAUAUGCCUAAAACUUCGAAUCCUUCCCGUCUUUCCUUUAAUGAUAACCUUUUCCGCCGUAUGUUCUCAAUGUUUAUGUUAUUUUUUUCUCUUUAAACUUUUCAAGUCCUUUACAUUAUAAUUUAAAUUUACGUUUUUAUUUAUUUACAACCUUGGAAGAAUGACAGUUUAACGGACUGCUUCAGCUACCUAUUGUCGCAGGUUAACUAUAAUUCAGAACUAAUUUAGACAUUUCGAUAAUUAGUUUCAUAUUGGCGUCAAUGGUUUCGUAACUCUGGUUAUAUUUGUAAUUAAAUUUAUAUUAGCGUAUCUAAUGCGAAUGAAAUUUAUUAAUAGUUGUAAGUUGUAUUUAUACUUAUACAUCCAAUGUCAAAUUAUAUUGUUAUUGUAUUGAACCGAAAUUAUUUCACGCUAUAGCUUUAACAUUGUAUCAAUUUAGAUACUUGCUCUCGAACAAGUGGACUUGUAGGAAAAAAACCUGCUACAGAGUACUCUAUUUGCCUAUGGUUUGAUUACACGUGUAUUAUAUAGGAAACGGCAGCAUUUGGUGUCUCAUAAUUAUUUUCUUAUAUUUUAUCUCGCAUUAAAGUAGUUAAAUUGAAUUUGCUCUUAGAAAAUUUUGCGAAAGAAUAUUCGAACAUAAACCUAUAUCGGUUAUGAUUUUAAAUACACAGAUAUUCAAGAUAAAGGCAAUCUACUAUUUUCAUCAUAUACAAUACACAGAAUUAUUAUACUAUCAUAUCUAAAUCAAUCUAAUAUACUAGUUAUGAAUAUCUAUAAAACAAUUUCAUAACAAGUUCUCAGACGCAAUCGUUUUAUAAAAUAUGGUAUGGUAACCCUACCAUACCAUAUUUUAUAAAACGGACAUACGUAACUUGUUUUUAACAAAUUGUC